AUACCAAACCCAAAAAAGAAUGUCCCCCAAAACAUGGCUCAUAACCGGCUGCAGCAGCGGCUUCGGCCACCACCUUACCAAAACCGCCCUGGCACAUAACGACACCGUGAUCGCUACAUCCCGCGACCCGUCGAACCUCCGCGCUCUCACACCCACUUCCAAUCCCAACUGCGAAAGUAAAGCCUCGGAGGGUAGAGGGAAACUCAUCCCAAAGAAACUCGAUCUCAGCGGUCCUGACCACGAAAUCGAAUCCUUCGUCAAGGAUAUUCUAUCCUCGGUCGGGAAGGUGGAUGUAUUGGUGAAUAACGCGGGAUUUGUUUUUGAGGGCGGGAUUGAGGAAGCCACUACAAACGAAAUCACCACCUACUUCCGAACGAACCUAACCUCCCACCUCACACUCACCCGCGCCCUAAUCCCCAGCAUGAGGACCAACCACUCUGGUCUCAUCGCCACAAUGGGCUCUAUCGCCGGAUGGGGAGGUGUUCCAGGGACGGGGAUCUACUGUGCGAGUAAAGCGGCGAUGGCGAUGUGUACGGAGGCGUUGAGGGAGGAGCUGGCGGGGACAGGAAUCGAAGUGACGUGUUUGGAGCCGGGGCAUUUCCGGACGGAGCUGUUGUCGGAAGAAAGGGUUGUGAGGGCGGAGAGGAAAGGUGAGGGGUUGGAGUGGUUGAGGGAGUUGGAUGGACAGCAGCCUGGGGAUGUGAGGAAGGGGGCGCAGGUGGUUUAUGAGGUGUUGAUGGGGAGGGGGAGGUAUGGGGGGCGAGGACAGCUGCCGGGACGGUUGCCGGUGGGAGGGAAUGCGGUGGAGAUUAUUGGGGGGGUGUUGGAGAGGCAGAGGGGAGUGUUGAGGGAGUGGGGGAUGGGAGGGGAGUGUGAUGUCGAGUGA